AUGGCGCCACCGGCGACAAAAUGCACAAGCGUUGCUUCUGAAGCGACAAUGCACAACUACGGCGACAGCUGGUUCGAGAACCUCAACAAGUUGGCUGCCGAAUACAUUGAACGCAGAGAGUCUCGACAGGAAAAGAAGCCAGCACAAAGUACAACGCAGAUGCAUUCCUAUGGCGAUUCCUGGUUCGAGAAUCUGAAUUCUCAACGAGAAGAACUUGAACGCCGGAAAUCGCACGACUCGUCUAUUUGUUCUUCUCCGUCUUCGUCGUCUUCUUCUUCGCCACAACCACUACAACAACAGCAACAGCAACAGCAACAAGUGCGGCCUGAAAUGCACAACUACGGAAGCAGCUGGUUCGACAAGUUCGAACCAAUGUGGGAGGACUGGCAGCACUUGAGGAAGGGUGAGUCUGAGCCUGCCCGAGCUUAG